UCAAAAAAGGAAAGUGCUCAAAGUAAACAAGGCAUAUUUUUUAUAAGAGCGCUCGAUAAAAUCAAGCAAGAAGAUGAAAAUUAUGAAGAUGGUGUCAAAUGUGAUCUGGGUUAUGUUCUACAAUAUUUGAAAACCUAUUGCAACAUAACAACCCUACAUGGAUUCAAUUACAUUUUGAAACCAGGAUCGGCUCUUUUUGAGAGGAUUUUUUGGAUUGUUGCCCUGAUAACAGUUUGGCUCGGCGUUAUUUUCGCCAUUCACAAUCAAGUGUUGAACUACAUCAAUAGCUCAGUGGUGAUAUCUGUGAGUGGCGAAAAGGUGAGCAUUCUAGAUGCCCCGUUCCCAGCCAUAACAAUUUGCAGUAAGAAUCAGAUGCGGCCUUCUCUUCUCAAAUCGGUCGAAUCCAACGGCAAUAAGUCACCUUCUGAUCUUAAAAGAUUAUAUGUAUAUUCAACCCUGGCCAGCUUUUGUGAAGCAAGUUCAAUCGGUGAUUACAACUAUGAUAUUCAUUUUAAUCAUAGUGUCAUAAGAGAUGAUUGGGAGUUCUACUAUAUUUGGAAACAGAUAGCUACCGACGAAUGCAGAAGUAUUGUCAAACAAGUAAAAUGGAAAAAUACUAGAGCUGCCAAAGAUCCCUGCCAAAAUACAGAGGCUUCAAUGACAGUGGAUGGCAUCUGUUACUCAUUCAAUCUCAUGUCUCCAAGUAAAAGAUACAAUCAGAAAUUCGGAGCUCAGCAUAUUUUCAGUCAUUCAACGAACAAUAUUAAUGGAGAUUCUGAAAUAGAAGAUUCAGAUAGUGGACAAACUCAAAUUGCAGGUGGCAACCUAUUAACAUCGGCAAAACUCUUUCUAGAUUUUAAUGCAGAUGACAUUUCUGAAGAAUGCAAGUCUAAAGGAUAUGGAUUUCUGGUGCGCGUACACAAUCCGUUCGAAGACCCUCAAGGCCACCAACCUGCAUUCAUUGAUGUUGAUAAGACAACGACCGUCAAAAUUCUACCGAAAAUAAUCACAUCGUCUCAAAAUCUCAUCAAUUGGAACCCGCUUGACCGUGGCUGUUACUUCCAUCACGAGAGAAAACUGAAAUUCUACAAAGUGUACACACAGUUGAAUUGCGAAAUUGAAUGUCAGGCUAACACAACACUGGAGCAAUGUGGGUGUAACAUGUUCUAUCAAAUAUACAGUUUCACCGAAUCCAAAAUAUGCGAGGCUGAUAAGUUUCAAUGCGUGCUGAAUAUCACAAAUAACGAAACAGGCAAAGAGCAAAACCCUUGUGGAUGCCUGCCUGGAUGCAAUGAGUAUGAAUACGAGAUAAGAACAUACCCGACCACCCAGACUUGGGCUGAGGCUGAGUCACUCAACUCAUCAAUCGCAUUCUCCACUCAAGGUUUCCAUCUUGAUAGAAGUAAACAAAAAUCAUACUCUUCAAUCAAGCUUGAGUAUAACAAUGAAGGUAUUUCAAAAAAGUCAAGAAUUGGCAUUUACUCUUUCACUGCAUUCAUUGCUCAGAUAGGAGGCUUGCUUGGUUUGUUCGUUGGAUUCAGUCUGCUCCCAGAAAUGUCAAAUCAAAAAGAGCAGCUUCAAAAUGAGAAGAAUAAUUUACAACCAGGAAUUGAAAAGAAGUGUGGUAGGAAGCCUGUUUUGGAAUAUCUUGAGAAUUUCUGUAACACUGCAACGCUACAUGGAUUGAGAUACAUUGUUGAGCCGAAACGCCACUGGUUUGAAAAAUGCUUCUGGAUAAUUUCACUGAUAAUAGUGACAAUUGGAGCUGUGAUCAUUGUGCAGGCUGAGGUUGAGAACUUCUCCAACAGCCCAAUAGUGAUGUCUGUUAGUGGUGAGAUUGUACCAGUAUGGAACAUUCCUUUCCCUGCAAUAACUUUCUGCAGUAGAAACCAAAUAAGACCUUCGUUUCUGACCAAAGUUGAAAGAAUAAAGCAGGAUUUGAGGAUUAACGUAUCCGAUAUGGAGCAAGCGUUUUGUAGAGCUGACUCAGAAGACGCUCUAUUCAAUAAAAAAUACUACUUCAAAGGAAAAUUGGACAGAAAAUCGUCUAUGAAAUGGUCUGAGAUGUUUGACGAAGAAUGUAGUGGCAUUGUAAAACAAAUGACCUGGAAAAACCUGCCGCUGGGUGAGUUGUCUUGCAAGUACAUACAAUGGACAAGUACAGUGCAAGGAGUGUGCCACACAUUCAACAUGCUCCCAAAGCAUCAACUUUAUAACAAAAAGUACUUCGAGAGUCUAUCAGAUUCGCCGAACCAUGACACAGACGCUAUGCCACCCAAUUGGAUGCCAGAAAGUGGAUUCAGCACAUUGGAUGAAGAGUCGAUUCCUUGGAGAGUGGCCGGCGGAAGUCUCUUCAGUUCGGCUACUCUCUUCCUUGAUUUGAACAUAGAUGACAUGUCACCAACUUGCAAGGGGAAAGGAUAUGGAUUCAUGAUAACCCUUCACAGCCCAGCGGAGCUCCCGCACGGCCAUCAGCCGGUGUUCGUGGAGGUGGACAUGUUGUCGAUGAUAAUCGUGAGUCCGCGCAUCGUGACCACCUCGAGUGACCUUGCAGUGUGGUCGCCCGCCGCCAGGGGGUGCUACUUCGCCAGCGAGCGCUCGCUGCACUUCUACAGCAUCUACACGCAGCACAACUGCAAGCUCGAGUGCGAGGCCAAUGCCACGCUGCAAACCUGCAACUGCAACAUGUUCUAUCAGCCGCACGAGCUGAAUGUGCCGCUUUGUGAUGAAACAAAGAUGGAUUGUGUACUGGGAUUGUUAUCAAACUUGGGAGGACUACUUGGAUUAUUCAUUGGUUUCAGUAUUGUAAGCUUAAUGGAAAUUGUCUAUUUUGGACCACUGAAUGUUUUUGGAUACCUGUUGAAGGCACUUGGAAAGAAGAAUCACAAGAUAGCUCCAAAGUAA